CGACUGAAAUUUCAGUGUAAACCAACUGUAUGAAUAUUGGGAACGAGAAAAUGUUAGAUUUUAAAUUAAAGAGAAAAGAAUUAUGUAUCAAUUAAUAGUGUUCACAAAAAUAGCAUAAAAUUCUAUGAUUUAAAUUGUUCAUGUUUUUGUUCAUGUAUUGAUCCAAAGAGAAUGAACUAAAUGGUGAGAGUAUAUUUUCAAAUUCAUUUCUUCUGAUUUUCAACGAUUACGUUUUAAAUUGUCCAGAGAUGGCAGGCAAAACUAAUGUAGUGAAUAUUCCCGCUAUUAGUGUUGGUUCAUUUUGAAGUUUGUUAUUGUAAACAAACCGCCGUUCACAAUUUCACCAUGUCAUGAAAUAUGAAUCUUUGCUUCGUUCGACUAAAUUCAUAUUGAACAGCCAGCAAAAGGGAAAAAGGGUAAGUCAUUUGAAUUGUUAUCGUUGUGACAUCGAACGAGUGAUCGAACCAAACAAUACCACCGUGUGCAUGUGAUUUUCGAAAUCAACAAACCAUCGAUUGUUGUGUGUUUUUUUGUUUGUUUACAGUUUUGAUCCGUAGCCUGUGGAAGAAAUCUGCUGUCGAAAUAUCGUGAGCGUUUCGAUAUUUUAUCACGGUGUGCGGUGUUCGUGUCACAACCAAAUUCAGCUUGAUGUGUCAAACUGAUGCCGGUUGCACAUUCACAUUGAUCUGAACAUUUGGAAAGGCAAGUCAUUUGUUGUGAAUACUGUUCGAUUUACAGUGAUUGUUUUUUUUUCGUUUUUCGUUCAAAUUAAGUAAUUUAGAAGCAACAAAAAAUCAUUUCUAGUGCGUUCUAAAGUAAUUUUUGUGUUUUCAUUCUAUUUUUUCAGGGUUCAAUAAUGGGCAGAAAAAGGAUUGGGGCACAUGCCAUUCGUGGCAAUAGGUCGAAACCGCGGAAAGUUGAAGAUGGCAAGCAAAAGGAGGAGAAAGCAUACUUUGCAAUCAAGUUGGCCGCCACUAGUAUUGUUCGACCGGAAUAUCGUGAUCGUAUUCUGCCAUGGAUCACAAAAACCAGCAUAAAAUGCACCGAAAUAUCUGAAUUGGCAUCGCUUCUAUUCCUCAACAAAGUCAGAGCUGCCACUGAACAGGCCAUCAUCACCGGCAAUUGGGAAUAUUUCGACGAUGGCGAUGGAAUGCACAUCAUCGAAAAUUGCUUCUAUGCUGUGUUGCGGCGCUACAAGGAAGACGAUUUCAUUAUGGAUCCAUGGUUCCGGCAUUGCUUUGAGAAUGUGGACAUCGAGAAUCGCUCCGCAUGGCCAAACAAUGAUUACUUCGGCAACUUGAUGAAAUAUUUGUUCCAACAAUAUAGCCGUAAUGUUAAGACGAAUUUGGAUACACAUGCACAGAAACGAUUGCGGUAUUUCUUGAGAUUGAAGGCAUUCAGACAGAACUACACUAACCGGAUUCGUGGCCUACCGGACACAUACGAUGAACGAGAUGUGGCAAAUGCAGUGUCAUGGGCAAUCAAACGAUAUGACGCAACAAGAGGUGAUGCUAAUCGCUUGGCCAAACGAGAUCGAUUGUUGCGUUACGUUCGAGACAUUCGUGGACCAGCUGACGAUGAUAUCGCCAAAUUCACCAAAGACGAAGAUACAUGGUUUUCAUCAUUGCCAAUGUGGUUGAUCAUGCAAUCGGAAAUCGAAACGCACCUCAACUGGGUUGAACAACACCACGACAACAUCGUGCAAGUCAUUGCGUUGCCAAACAUCAAGAAUUUGGUGGUCAUCCCAAUCUGUCAUCACACGCGAAAGGCAGUGAGAAUAGACGCUGAUGUUUUGUAUCGUAUGAUGUGCGAAACCGGUACCAUUCCGCGUGAUGAAUAUGGUCGGCAACAUACAGUGGGCCACGUCACGUCAAAAUCAAAUCAAGCGUAUUAUUUCAAUAUGAUUUUUAACAUGGAGAAAAUCAAUCGAGUGUUGAAAGCAAACAAAAAAUUCGAACAUAUUCUCAGCGAUGGUGUAUCGGCAUCGAUUCUGUACUCAGUGAAGAAAACCGUAGUCGACAAGUUAGUGGAAGAUGGUUUGGUGCGUAAACGGUACUCUGAUGGCUUCUAUGUCUAUGAAUUGGGCAUUGAUUGGGGCAUGAAGACGUGGAAUGCAACCGUUAGGCGACGAAUUAAUAAUGACAAAGAGCGAAUUCAUAAUGGCAAAGAGAUGAAUUUCACAAUCAACAGCAAGAAGUAUCAUUAUUGCACCGGAGAAGGAGUGCGUAAGGAAAAGGGAGAGCGAUGGACUCGUGCCUUUGGGCAGUUCGAAGAGAGUGAUCGAAAUAACCGAGCGCGAUAUGACCGAAUGCCAUCACCAAAAGGAAGCAAUUGGCGUGACUACAUACGGCAUCGAUUCACCAUCAUGAAGAAAGCCAUUGCAGUGUACACAACCGAAAAGUACACACGUUUAAGUUUUGAUCAUUACAUCGAGUCCAAUCGGGUCAGUGACAAGGUGGCCGCAAUGCUGACAAAUCGCAAACGAUGCAUCAUUAACAUUGGAGCUUCCCAACCACCUGCAAAUUCACCAAUACAGAUCAAGAAACACGUUCGAUGCCCGGGCGUGCGGAAAUUGGUGAAGAGUUUCAAGAAAAUGGAAGGCAAUGUCAUACGAUUUGUGAACGAAGCCAGAUCAUCACGAUUGUGUGCCAGAUGUUUCGAACCGUUUCCAUUGAGUACAUUGAACGACCGUGUCAAGGUGUGUGAAUGGUGUAUGCCCGAUCAAGAUGAUUGGCCGAAAAUGAAGCUACCAGAGAAAAUUGUAGCGGCAAAGAGCAAGCGGAAGUUGCGAUCAGAGCGACGAGCGAUGCGACAAGCAGCAGUGCAGAAUCCAAAUCAACCCCGUGGUUUUGUGUCUAAGGUGAUUUGCUACCGUAAAAACUGGCAACAAAACGCGGCAAACGGUAUGGAUGACAAUGUUGAAGAGCGCAGAGGUGUAAUCAUUCACGACGCUGAACUCGGUAUCAUCGAGUACACAGAUGAAUUUGUGCCCGAAGACCCCGUUGACGACUCUCCAGUACUGAAGACAGUUUGGCAACGUGACAUUUCGGCUGCAAAAUUGAUCUUGUACAGAGGGCAUUGCGAACUCUUUGGACAUCGGCUGCAUGAUGCGUUCACACGUCAACACCUCGUGUAUCCAACUCGAUUCCGAGUCAACUUCAACAUUCAUUAAUAUCAAUAGAGCCGCAAUUUAUGUUUUAUUUUUCAAAAGAAUUUAUGUAACAGUAUGUUAUUUGUAGUUGGUUGAGGUCUUAGUCUCCCAGACAUCAUCGAUACCAGAUAUCGAUGGCUAUCUAUAUUCUAUAGUCUAUAUAGAUGUAGGUAGAGUACAGGAUAAUUCCUGUAGG